UGCAAAUACAAUACUUGUUUGGAAAUGGAAAAAAGUAGGGUUCUUGUUGUGGGUGGCACUGGGUAUAUUGGGAAGAGAAUAGUGAAGGCGAGCUUAGCCGAAGGCCACCCCACAUAUGUCCUCCAGCGCCGCGAGAUCGGUUCCACUUCCGACAUCGACAAACUCCAAAUGUUGUUGUCGUUGAAGGAGCAAGGAGCUCGCUUAGUGGAGGCCUCCUUUGACGACCACCGGAGCCUUGUGGACGCUGUCAAACAAGUGGACGUCGUCAUAUGCACCAUGUCGGGAGUGCACUUCCGCACUCACAACAUUCUCCUGCAGCUCAAGCUGGUUGACGCCAUUAAAGAAGCUGGGAAUAUCAAGCGUUUCCUGCCGUCGGAAUUCGGCAUGGACCCAGCAAGAAUGGGAAAUGCCAUGGAAGCAGGAACUCCAGGUAGGGCUACAUUUGAAGAGAAGAUGGAAAUAAGGAAGGCCAUUGAAGAAGCAAAUAUUCCCCACACUUAUAUUUCAGCUAAUUGCUUUGCUGGUUACUUUUGUGGUAACCUUUCUCAACUUGGCACUCUUCUUCCUCCCAAACACACAGCUUACAUAUACGGGACUGGCAAUGUCAAAGUGAUAUAUAUGGACGAAGAUGAUGUGGCAGCAUACACAGUGAAGUGUAUAGAUGAUCCCAGGACCUUGAACAAGACAGUAUACUUAAGGCCACCACAAAACAUCUUAACUCAAAGAGAGUUGAUUGCUAAAUGGGAAAACUUAAAAGGAAUAGAGCUUGAGAAGAUCACGGUUACUGGUGAUGAAUUCUUGGCUUCCAUGAAAGAUAUGGAGUAUGUUGGUAAAGUAGGAGUGAUAUUUUACUACCACAUUUUCUAUGAGGGUUGUUUGACAAACUUUGAGAUAGGAGACGAUGGAGAAGAAGCUUCGCAACUUUACCCAGAAGUUCACUACACUCGAAUGGAUGAAUACUUGAAACGCUAUCUCUAAUAAAUACAACACUAAUCAACGGUGGACUUAUAAGUUAUAUAGUAUCCAUCAACGGUGACUACAACAUGAUAUGUAACACCCUUAAUAAUUGUGAUGAGUCUAGAAUCCGUGACCUUCCGUAUGAAAGGGCCACAACGAUGUCAUUAAACUACAAGAUACGUGUCAUUCCACAAAUCUUUAUUCAUAAGGCCUGUUGAGUUUUUCAUAAGUAUGUAUGCCACCCGUGCAAUGCACGGACUAUAUUUUAUUCUAAGUUAAUAAUUGUAAUUGUUAUAACAUUAUAUUUACAAAGACAUGAUAAAAA